GCCGGCCCGCGCCCGAAGCGACCACACGUCCGUCGCGCUCCCCAACCACAAAUCGCGUGCAGUGAAACUUCAUAAAAGUUAUUUUAUUGCAAAAACAAAUGGCCAUCGAUAGUGAAACCUGAAACUGUGUGAUUGUGUGUGUUCUGUGUACAUUAACCUGUGUUUCGAAUAAACUUAGUACAUCCUAGCAUUGCUAGGAAUCAGUGAAAAUUGCUGGAUUUUGUUGGCCGGCGGACAUCGCCCAGGCCAGUAUGGAGAGCUACUUUGACAUCUCAAACGACCUCAAAGACGUCUGGGAUGCAGACAUUGACCCGGAGAUGGACAACGUGCUAGACGAGGACGAGAGCGACUGGCUGAUCGAACGCGAGUCCAAGUCCGGGGUCGUGCUGCACGACCGACUCAUGACGGACGCCGCUUUAGGAGCUGUUCCCAUCAAGACAGAGCACUCCUACAGUUUACACUCAGAUGGGGAGUCUGCGCCACCAUCACCACACCACACCAAAGUUGACGACAUGGAAGAUGAGUGCUACCCCGCCAUCCCCGCCAGCGCGUGGAGCCGGCGGCGCUCCAGCGACUCUUUGAUGGAGGUGAAGGCCGAGCCCAAGUCGGAGCCCGAGUCGCCUGCCUCCUCCUGCCCCCCCUCGCCCGCCCCCGGCACGCCCCUCACACACCUCGACUACGUUAUUGACCACACAACGGGAACCAUUCACAUGCCACAAGCCGUACUUCAAAAAGUGGGUGCCGCGGGCGUGCCACAGUUGCUACUCAGCGCCGCGCCGCGUCUAGCCACCACGCUCAACUCCAACAAGCUGUCCAUCAAGGUCACGUCCAGCUCAGGGUCUGGCUUCCACCUCCCGCCGACGCCGCCGUCGUCGCUGUCGUCGUCGGACAGCGAGGGCGCGCUGUCGCCCGCGCACGACGCGCCCGCGCCCGCGCCCGCGCCGCCGCGCCGCAACCACCUGUACCUGUCGCACCACUCGCGCCAACCCAUCAACACGCCGCUCAUCAGUACACAACCGAAAGGGUCAACAGGCCAGCUGGUGCUAACGGACGAAGAGAAACGCACACUCCUGGCCGAAGGCUACCCCGUGCCUACGCGUCUACCGCUCACCAAGGCGGAGGAGAAAUCCCUCAAGAAGAUCAGAAGGAAAAUCAAGAAUAAGAUAUCAGCACAAGAAAGCAGACGCAAAAAGAAAGAAUACAUGGACCAACUAGAGAGGAAGGUCGAAAUCCUUGUCUCGGAGAACUCGGACUACAGAAAAAGGGUAGAAACCCUGGAGCAGAAAAACGCGAGUCUGCAGAGUCAACUGGCCGCACUGCAAGCGCUCGUCACGCGGAACGCACGCAAGUGACGUCACUGCGACAUACGUUCUCCCUGAGCCCUCGACGGCUGUAGUCUGAAUUUGUUAUAGUGUAACAGGUCAUUAUGAGAGGUGUCGACUGUCUUUUGAUUGGUGCCGUUUUUAAUCCAAAAUGCAUGUAUCUGAUUUCGAGUGGACCUCACGUAGUUCUCAAAUACGUUUCACAUUUCUUUCACUAAGGAAAUGGAAUAUACCUCUAAUUCCACUUUUAGAAGACGUUACUUACUUUUCUUUAUGAAAAAUCUAUUAAUAUCAUUAAGUUAUUUUAUAUACCGCUUCUUUUUAUUUUUCGUCGUUUCUCAAGCAUAAUUUAAAUGAAUCAAAAGACACUUGUCAUUUCUCAAAGUUGUAGGUAAUUUUUUUGGCUAAGCCGAGUCGUAAUAUCAGUCAUGAUCAUGAUAAUAUUAUAUUUAUUAUGUACUCAAAAGUUCAAAACUAUAUCGAAUUUUGAUGUCUUGUAAAUUAACAAUCAACGUAGUUAACAAUUUAAUAUCAUAACUUAUUUAAAAAGAUUAGGUAAAUUUUAUUUAACAUGAAAGUCGACCGGCUAGCCGAUUUUUGACAAUGUAUGUAUAUUUGGAAGUAUUUACAUAUACUAGGAGACUAAAGGGAAGAACUGUUAGCGUUUCAAUGGUUGCUCACUAUAUUUUUAGGUUAGGUUUUUGUGGUGCUGGAUCAUAUUCCUGCGGUGUUUACUGCCAAGUGCCACACUAGAUAUUUAUUUUUACAACUACACUGUUUUCGACGAAGACUCGAUAACAGGGAAAAAUGAUUGAGUCUAUAUUAUGCCUUUUAUACUGCACAAUAUUCAUUC